GUAGUUCAGUCGGUUAACAUGUCGACUGCUGUGCUAUACAUCACAGGUUCGAAUCCAGCAACAGUUUAAAAUAAAAAAAAUUCUGAUUACUUUCUACUAAAACUGCAUUUUUUUUACUAAAUAAAAGUAAAAUUCGAAGGUUUUCAAUGUCAAAAUAGUGUUGUACAUAUCCUCCACAUCAAAUUUCUCUGGUGUGUUAUUGAAACGUUCCGCACCGAGACCAAUUUGUAAAAUUACUAUAAUUAAUGGUUUCGAUGGUUUCAAAGUGUGUGAGCCCUUCUGAACCUGGCUGAAAUCAAGUAAUGAUAAAGAUGAUUAAAAGUAACUCAACAACUCAGCAUAUAGGAGAAUUAAACUAUUUUACUGCAGUAAUAGAUAUAUUAAUACCAUUACCACAAGUUCUAUAAAAUCUCCGACAAUAUCAAUAACAAUGCAAUAAAUGAAAUAAAUAUCUCAAACUAGUAACAAUGCAAUAAAUUCCUAACAAAUUCCUGGAGCAUAACAUUACCAUGAAUUCUAUGAAAUCUCUGGUAACAUCAACAACGAUGCAAUAAAUUAAAUAAUUAUCUCAAACUAGUAACAAUGCCAUAUAUUCCCUCUAUGAAAUCUCAGAUAACCUCAACAAUAUCUCAAACUAAAUUCCUGGAGCAUAACAUUAUUCCUCUUUAAGACAAAUGUUAUGAAAAGUCUAAUAAUAAAGUCCGAAAUAUCUGCUUCAUUUUCAGUAUCUGACAUUGAGCUCAUGCAGAUUUAAUGUGGGUGUACAAGUUCCUUCUUCUAUCUGUAGACAUAGAACACAACAUCCAACAUUGCAUAAUCUCCGCCGACUGUAGCAUGACAUGACAACGGAAUACACUGCAGAAAGCUCAUACAACAAACAGGUGUUAUAAAGGAAUCAAAAUUACAUUGCAUGUUUGUGAAAUGCAGCAUCCCCGCAUGUCAUAAGAAUGUAAUGCAGUGUUCUGUACGCACUGAAAGACAGUAAAGGGCACUUCUACCUUAUCUAGAUUGCAAAAUACAUGUAAUUAAGACCCAAUAACGAUUCCCCAAGAAACCAUUAGCACAAGGAGAUCAAAUGGAAUCGAAGAUCGUUUAUGUCCAUCUUCACUACUUUAUCUUUUUUUUAUUCUAAAAACAUCAGAAGAUUAAGACAGCUACUUUAAUCCACUGACUGCAGGGCUUCCACGGCCCUUUGUCCCCCCUCUAUGUACAGGUUGCUUGUGAUUAUACACAUAGGUAUGCACUUUGUGGGAGUAGGCAAUACUGGCUCUCCUUAUAAUAGUUAAGAACAAGCACGCAGCACCGAGUGCUACUGGGAAUGGGUAACAGAGUUUUAUUGUAAUGCUUGGGCGGUCAGGAAGUUGUAGGAGAAUUAGGAUUAUUGUCAGUUUGUUUGCAGAUAUUUGACUCUGAGGACAUUUAAAAUUUAUCAGCUCAUGCUAAAGAGAUGUGAGGGAAGAACAAGUGAGGACAAAACUACACCAUGGAUUUCCACUUUGCCGCUUUUGUUGUGCUGACUUGUGCUUUGAUUGUUGACUCAUGUCCUCCACAAUGUACGUCCUGUGCUAGGGGCACAGCUGAUUGUGUGGGCAUGGGACUUCGAGACAUUCCAAGGAACUUUCCAAGUAAAACAGUGACCAUAGACUUAACAGAAAAUCAACUCACUGAUCUUCAACAGGAUGACUUCCCAGCACAGUCCAAUGUUCAGAGUCUCAGACUGUCCAGGAAUGGACUCAGUGCCAUUGCUCCCAGAACAUUUCGCAAUCUAGAACAACUUAUGAGUUUGGACCUAUCCUUAAACCCUAUUACCAGAAUCCAUGACAAAGCAUUCGAGGGUUUAUCACGUUUACGGUCUUUAACCUUGACCAAUACGAAAAUUCAGAAGAUUGGAAAACCCUUUGAUGAGAUACCCAAUGUAAGCACAUUAUACCUUGGAUACAACCAACUUACAGAAAUUGAAGAGGAUGACUUUGAAAUGAUAACACGAGUGAGAACAAUAGACCUCAGUGUCAAUCGCAUUGUAUCAAUCCAUCCUCGAGCUUUCCAAAACCUCCCAUAUCUGAGAAUCCUGAUACUGAAGAACAAUCCUAUUGUAGAAGCAAAAGGUCUACUGUUUUCUUCUGACAUGUUGCAGUUAGUGGACUUUUCUCAGUGUAACCUGGAGAGUGUACCGGGACUGAUGCCUUCUUCUGUUGGAGACUUCCGUCUGGGAUACAACAAAAUCACCGAAAUCAAGGCCGCAGAUUUUGAAAACAUGACUAACCUUCAGCUUCUUACCCUGAAUGAAAACAAAAUUUCUAAUGUUGAGUAUAUGGCCUUUGCCACCACUAUUAACUUGCAGGAGCUUUGGCUCAACAACAACAAACUAAGAAUGAUUCCUCGAGGUCUUCCAAUAAGACUAGAGAAAUUAUAUAUGGAUCAGAACGAAGUCCAUGAUAUUGAGUCUGGACUCUUUGGAAAGAAUGCCAACUUGGAGACACUGUCUCUGAACAUGAAUGCUGUCCGACAAAUCCUCAAUGACUCUUUCUCAGGAUUACAAAACCUGACCAAUAUAUAUCUCAAGAGUAACAACAUACAACAAAUCAUUAGUGGAACCUUCACCGACAUGUCCAGCUUGAAGAAAAUUGACUUAUCCAACAAUCCUCUGAAAAGGAUUGAUCCCAAAGCUUUUAAAGACUUGCCAAGUCUGCAGGACUUAGACAUGUCUUACCAAGAACAAGCAGAUGUCACGGUGGCCGAUGAUUUUAUUACUGGUAUUCAAAAUUCAAAUUACCUUCAGUUCAUGAAUAGUCCUGGCAUUGCUAAAAAUUUUCUGAGAUUGAUAGAGAGCAGUAGAGGACUUACUUUCCCAUCCAUAAAGGUGAUCAAUCUUGAAUACAAUGAACUGAAGACUUUACCAUCUGGCUUGAAAAAUGCAAUGGUUAAUCUAGAUAUGAUGUCAUUGGAUGGUAACCCACUUCAGUGUGAUAGAAGACUAUCCUGGCUGUGGAGUUGGAUGAAAGUGUCCAGUGUCAAAUUCUACAGUUUUGAGGCACCAACAUGUGCUGGUCCAGAAGGAGUCAGAGACCGUGAACUGCAAAGUCUUCAGAGCAGUGACUUUGGGGAGGCACCAGAAACAACCGAGAUCAGCAAAGAAGUCCCUGCACAGCCUGAGGUCACCACACCGAGGAGAAAGACUACACAGAGAGAACAGGAUAACACUGUAAAACAGAACAGAGACUCCACCACAGGUGCAAUAACAGCUAAGCAGGACCAAGUUCAACAGACGAAAGGGCAGAUCCAAACUUCCAACAAAGCUGCAAGAAAAACAACAGGUAAAAACCAAACAAACCGAUCUAAGAAAAAGAAACGAAACAGAAAGAACAAACAAAAGAGAAGGAGAAAUAGGGGCCAAAAGAAAAAGGGUAAGAAAGGGUCAAAAAGAGGAAAGAGGAAGAUAGCCAGGAAGUGCAGCAGACUGCCCACUGGGCAAAGGAGAUGUUGCAGAACACUCAAAAAUGGCUCUCAGAGGUGCAAGACCAUGAAACUAAAACUCUCCAUGAGAGCUCGUAAAACCAGAAAGAGCAAAGCAAAAGCUGGCAAAAACCAAAAAUCUAAUGCAAGAGCUGGCAAAACUCGAAAACCUAAUGCAAGAACUCGAAAAACUGCAUGAAAAACUCCUGUGACUUUGUCCAGUGUGCAUGACUACUAGUAUUUCUAGGUUUCUUUGUAAUGCUGAAGUGAUCUAACAUGCAUGUCGUAAUCGGGAGUAUUUUGAUAUUCAUUUGAAAAUUUCCUUCAUAAUGUUUUGAUGUUGCGUGUGAAGCAUGACAAAAAUUAUUCUGUAUUUUCCUGUCAAAAAUAAUGUUCUGGUGGCAUGCCUAAAGACACAGGAACUCUCCUAUAUAUUUAUCAUAUUGAUAGAUAUACUAUUUCAAUCUAAACAUGCCAACUUGCAGUUCUGGUGCUUGUGCAGGCUGUGCAAAUACCAUUACACCAAUGUCAAUCUAAUCCACAAUGAUUGAACUUAAAAACGGUAUACAUGUAGUUACUUCUGGUUGUCAGUUGUCCAUCAGCAUUUAAUGUCCAUUGCAAUACCAUCUUGAUAGUUAACUCAAAGUUGAAUGGAAUGGAUGGGUCUCUUGGAUUUAGAUUUCCACCAAUCAAGCUUCUUGGAAUGUUUCACAACAAAAUCACUAAAUAACAUUGCCUAUUGAGCUAGCAUUGAAGUUCACAGUCCACUGACUUGAAGGAAAGAUUACUAAUCAUUUUUGAGAAAAAUCAUUGUAGAUUAGAUUUACCUGGGUGUAUGGCACGACCUACAUAAUACAUGCACCAGAAGCAGGUCUGGGAUGUUUUAGUAUAUCUAAUGACAAUUUUUUAAAUAUAUAUGACUACAGAUUUCUUUGAUAUUUUUUUAUGUCAGUAGUUUAUCCCUUUUUCAUCACAAGAAUGUAUAGGAGUAUCACACAAUGUUUAUCUUCUCUCAGAAUUUUCUAAUUACUGUAAAUAUACCAUUAUAUUUUUGUUCUGUUAUGUACACUACUGUUUUGUAAUGAUGUAGAUGUCCUCUGUUCAUAAAAACAUAUACACGAGUAGUCAAAUUCCAAAAUGCACACAAUUUGAUAAUGUUUUAAGGUUUAUGUUGGAAAAUAUCAGAUUUUGAUAAUAAAUGUUAAAUUUACAGUACUCGGAGAAAUAAAUAAAGAGCUUUUUAAAUCACUGAUGACCACCCCCCCCCCCCCCCCCCACCUCCCCCCCCCCCUUUUCCUGUUUUGUUUUGAGUUUUGUUUCAUCAACAUUUUUAUUUAGAAUAACAUUCAUUAAUCUAUUAAUCCAAUGGACUGUAUUUUUAAUCGAUUUUUAUGAAUCUUUUUUAUUCAAUCAGAAAUUAAAAAUGUAUAUAAUAUGGAACACUAACAAGUACUGAUGCUAACAAUUCAUGAAUUUAAGAACAUUUUCACUAAAGGAUAUUAUCUAUGUAGAUAUUCUGAGACCAAGAUUUUUGUACAUAAAAAAGUAAAAUAUGUAUCCCGCAUAGUAAUAAAAUAUACUAAAAUGCUGAUUUUUGUAAACUAAUAGACUGCAAAUAAAAUGAUAUACGGAACAUUUUGUGGUUUUUUCAAUAUUCAAAAGGUUCCUGAAAGUUUUUAACACAUCCUUCAACUGUCUUCUCGCAAAACACAUAAUUCUCUCUUUUCUUUUGAUUAAACAGCUCUAUGAAAUUAUGUAUGUAUGAAUCCUUGUAAAUCUUGUAUCACAAAAGCAUCUGUCAGUUUCACUUUUAUUCUUUAUAUAUGUUCUGUUGAACUUUCACUUCUUUGCUGUUUAAUUCUGCACUUAUCAAAGCACACACACAUCUACACCUUUCAAUGUGUAUGCAUUCACAGAUAAUAAAGUUGUUCUCCUGGAAAGGCACAGAUAAUUUAGCUGCACAAUAAGGAACUUAUCAUGUGAAAAAUUCCAAAUUGAAUUUAGUAUACAGUGAAAGUUGCCUGACUGGGGAACACAACAGCAGAAUUGGUUUGUAUUAGACAUUAGCCCGAUACUAUUCACCGAGUCUUCAACAUUCCCAAUAGCACAAUAUUUUGGGCUUUACAAUUCCCACAAUAGAUAAGUUCUACUGUAACUAGAUAUUAAAAGAAAAUUCUUCAAAAUGAUUUGCACCUGCCAUUUCUGGCAUGAGCAAACAAAGGGAAAUAACUCUUACACAUCAGUAUACAAAUUUUAAAGAAGCCUCAUUUAUCUUUUACUUUCAGAUUCGUGGAUCUUCCAGGCAUUCCUUAUCUACCUCUACAGCGUGGUGGUGAAAUCUUCCACAUGAUGCUAAUAAAUUAUUUUUACAAUAGAAAA